AUGAUAAAAUCCCCAUUCGAUAAAAGUGUGUUUAACAAAUUCUUUUGUUUGAUUGACAUUGGUUUGAAGAAGAUUCAAUCAACUGAAGAACUGGUUUUAUUCAUUCCAGUCAUGCAAAAUGUAUUUAUUAAAGUACUUAUAUGUGGAGAGGUUGGAUCAGGAAAGAAGUCUCUUAUCAAUGCGUUGAACAAAAAACAAAUAACAACCGUCUUUCCUAUACCUCGCAGUGAAUAUGAAGUGAUGGAAAUGGUUGAAGGUAAAGUGAAGAUAACUGUGCAACUCUAUGACGAAAUGAACUUGAAAGCACAAAAUAUUGAUCUUAACAAUCUUAUCAAAACAUUUAACAUUAUCCUUCUUGUGUGUGACAUCACAAAACAAGACUUUUUAGAACAGUUUAAGAGUCGGUUGAACUUUAUCAAAAACAGUAGGACAAAAUCUAAAGUUUGCUUUUUGCUUUCCAAAGACGACUUCCACCAUGGGAAGACAGUUGACUUUGAAAUUGUCGACGCGGCUCUAAACAACAACACGCAAAUCAUUUCGUUCUCUUCAAAGACACGAAAUGGCAUCGAUAAAAUCGAAAACGAGUUCACAGACUUUAUACGACUGACUGCAGACAAAUCAGUUACUAAGAAAAUGGGGAAACAGUCACACAAACAAACUUCAUCUCUAUCACAAGAAAACUUGCAGACAAAACCACACUCUAUCUUUUCCAAAUUUAAGGCUAUAUAUAAAAGCUAA